GAUGCCCUGAAGUUUAUGCACCACGGGAAGAGGAAAAGGCUGAGCACAGUGGACAUCGACUACGCUCUCAAACUGAAAAAUGUGGAGCCGCUGUACGGGUUCCACGCGCAGGAGUUUAUCCCGUUCCGCUAUGCCAGUGGGGGGGGCCGCGAGCUCUACUUCUAUGAGGAGAAAGAGGUAGACCUGAGUGACAUCAUCAACACCCCCCUCCCCCGGGUGCCUCUCGACGUCUGUCUGAAAGCCCAUUGGUUAAGCAUUGAAGGAGUGCAGCCCGCCAUUCCAGAGAACCCACCGCCAGCUCCCAAAGAACAGCAGAAACUCGAGUCUACGGAGCCCCUGAAGGUCAUCAAACCCGGACAGGAGGAGGAUGGUCAAGCCAAGGUCAAAGGGCAAGGAGCAGGAGCUGUGGAUAAAGGGAAAGAAAAGAAGAAGUCGCUGCUGGAGGGCGGGGUCCUGAAGCUGAAGCCAAGGACCACCCACGAGCUGUCAGUGGAGCAGCAGCUGUACUACAAGGAGAUCACCGAGGCCUGUGUGGGCUCCUGUGAGGCCAAGCGAGCGGAAGCCCUACAGAGCAUCGCUGCUGAUCCCGGGCUGUACCAGAUGCUGCCCAGGUUCAGCACUUUCAUAUCAGAGGGGGUGCGUGUGAAUGUGGUGCAGAAUAACCUGGCGUUGCUGAUCUACCUGAUGCGGAUGGUGAAGGCAUUGAUGGAUAACCCCACACUCUACCUGGAGAAAUACCUACACGAGCUGAUCCCCGCAGUGGUGACCUGUAUUGUGAGUCGGCAGCUGUGCCUCAGGCCGGACGUGGACAAUCACUGGGCACUGAGGGACUUCGCUGCCCGUCUGAUGGCUCAGAUCUGCAAGAACUUCAGCACCACCACCAACAACAUCCAGUCCCGCAUCACCAAGACCUUCACCAAGAGCUGGCUGGAUGACAAGACUCCCUGGACAACACGUUAUGGCUGCAUCGCAGGACUGGCUGAGCUGGGACAUGACGUGAUUAAGACGCUGAUCAUCCAGAGACUGCAGAUUGAGGGCGAGAGGAUCCGCAGUGUGCUGGAGGGGCCGGUCCUCAGCAACAUUGAUAAAAUCGGAGCUGAUCACGUACAGAGCUUAUUGCUGAAACACUGCGCUCCUGUGGUGGCAAAGAUUCGCCCCCAGCCCGACAACCAGGAGGCCUACAAAUCAGAUUACGGUUACUUGGGGCCCAUGCUGUGCACACACGUGGUCAAGGCCAGAGCCCAGGCUGCCAUGCAGGCUCAGCAAGUCAACCGGACCACCCUGACCAUCACACAGCCUCGCCCGACCUUAACCAUCUCCCAGGCUCAGCAGUCGUCGCGGACGCCCAGUAUUAUCAAGGUGCCCAGUUCGUUGGCGCUGCCCAUGCAGACCCUGGUCUCUGCCCGUCCCUCAACUCCCACUCAGCCCUCAGCCUCUGCCACCAAAUUCAUCGUCAUGUCCUCAGCCUCCAGCUCCAGCAGCCAGCAGGUAAUAACUCUGAGUACUACACCAUGUGGGACUGCCACCACGUCACCGGUCACGACCACUGUGCCGAGUAUUCAACCAUUAGUUAAACUGGUCAGCGCCUCUCAGCCUGCGCCCAGCAGUAACAUUCACAAGUACAUUGUGGUUUCCCUCCCGCCAGCCACUGACAGCAAAGCCCACGGCCCCAAAUCCCUGCAGCAACACACUGUCCCGGGAGCUGUCUCGGCUGUAAAGCAGGAGCCCAGUGACAGCCCACAGGCCGUGAAGAGUGAUGGGGCGCAGGGGGCCACUGGCUCCCCCAGGCCAUCGCAGUAGUUACCCCAGGCCUCUCUCUCUCUCUCGCUCUCUGCCUCUGCUGGGGGCUCGCGCUGUGAUGUUCCCUAUUCAGAGCUUUGUGACAGCUCCUGAUCCACAAUCUUAACUGAAGGCUACUGGCCUCUGGGUCCCAGCACUGCUCGCCCUCUCACCAUGUCUGUGUCCACAAGGGGUGGUGGCAGGGAGGGGGGGAGG